AUGAGGUUUUGGGGUGUGGCGUUGUUCUGUUUCUUGUCUAUCAUAGAAGCCUUGUCCCAAGGCGAUGUCGGUUCGAUCAUCAGUAGAACCCAAUUUGAUCAGAUGUUGAAGCAUCGGAAUGAUGCGGCUUGCCUUGCGAAAGGGUUCUACACUUAUGAUGCUUUCGUAUCUGCAGCCAAGUCAUUUGGAGCUUUUGGAACAACUGGUGCUACAGACAUUCGUAAGAGAGAAAUUGCUGCCUUUUGGCACAAACAUCCCAUGAAACCACAGUCCAGUAUUACUCUAUGCUACUUAGGCUCUCCUGUAUGUUCGAAAAAUGACAUGCAAGGCCACAAUGCACCAGGGGAGGAGAUAAUUAGUGAUACAUAUAAAGGAGUUAAACCUUAA